ACAUAUGCGUCGCUGAUACAGCAAGUUCACGCUAAUCUAUCCACUCUGCGAUACAUUGAACAACUAUUGAGCGGAAGAAACGUUGAAGAACGCACCACUUUUGAGCCAAACGGUGGCAUAUACGUCAAUUUGGAGCAAUAUCCUCGUUAUGCCAAUCAUGAGGUACAAUUAACACCGCAUUCGUCGUCCUUGCUUGGAAACAGUGAAGCUCCGAAAAGUUUGAAGGAUCAAACAGUGGAAGUGAGGUACGUGUAA